GUAUAUGGGGUAGUCGAGGAAAAAUCAAAGAUGCUAGUAUAUUACUACAAAUGCACUUCAAAUUAGAGUACCUUGAUUUCGCCUAUGUUAUAGCUUUUCGAAAUGAUUCCCUUAUUGUAGCUAUUAUCGGAUCUUCUCCAAAUUUAAAAUAUUUUGAUAUUUCUGGUAACGAUAUCGGAGAUGAGGUUGUUGAAGCAGUAGCUAGUACAUGCUAUGAAUUGGAAUAUCUUGAUCUUGAAGGGUGUGGAUUCAUUACCGAACCAUCGGUAUGUAAUGUUAUUCGAUUAUAUCCCAAACUUCAGCAUCUUGAACUUGGAUUUUGUGAUAUUUCCGAUAAAACUAUUAAAGAAAUAGCCU